AUGUCAUAUACUUUUAACGGAACCCGGAUUACGCUCUACGGGACGCUCCUGUCCCCUACCAAUCUACCGGCGUCGACAUACAGCAUCGACGACCAACCUCGUAUGCCCAUCAAUGCUACGGGAGAUAUGCCGCACAUCUCCUCGUCGGUGAAGGGACCCCUCUCACAUGUACCUUUCUACACUUCACCCGUCCUCCCGCAUGGCCAGCAUACACUUCUCGUUAACGUCAACGUCGAAUCCGAUCAUACAUUCUUCUUCGACUAUCUUGCCGUCGAGACUGAUGACUCCAUCUUUGGCUCUAUUCCCCAAGAUGGAGCAGUUGUAGUCGACGACCGAGAUCCAUCUAUCGUGUUCACUGGCGCAUGGAAUGAUACCUCGACACUGCUCCUAGAGUACAACG